AUUGGCGUCACGUUGCGUGGAAAGGGAAGAGGAGACGCCGUCACGAUUCGCGCUCGCGAUUUGCUCCCCCUUCUCCACCUCCCCGUUCGUCUCGCGGGAAAUCACGCGCGGCGACGCUGGAAUCACCUCGAUCCAACAGGGGAAUCGGCACGGGGCAGCCUCUCUGACCCAUAUUCCUGCAGCCGGUUGGGCGAGUCGUCGGCUCAGAUAAUAGACUGGGCGUGUGGAUCCAGGACGUUUGAUCCCGUUAAUUUGGACUGAAGUGCCAGCUUUCGGUGAGGAAGGUGAUGCUGGAUGACGCUGACGGACUUUGAAAGCAUACCGGUUCAAAGAAGUGUUGUCUGUCACCAUGAGGGUCAAUAUUGGGCUCCUAGUGCCCUUGAUGGCACAAUACUCCACACCCAUGUGGGCUACUUUAGUUGCUGGGUUCUUCAUGCUGCUUGCGCUUUCACUCUCCAUGUACCUGAUAUUUGAGCAUCUCUCAGCAUACAACAAUCCAGAGGAACAAAAAUUUGUACUGGGUGUUAUUCUCAUGGUCCCUUGCUAUGCAAUUGAGUCGUAUAUUUCUUUGAUAAAUCCAAAUACAAGUGUUUACUGUGGCAUCCUACGUGAUGGUUAUGAAGCCCUUGCAAUGUACUGCUUUGGAAGAUAUAUUACUGCAUGUUUAGGUGGGGAAGAUAAAACUAUAGCUUUUUUAAAGAGGGAAGGUGGCUCUGGUUCUGGGCAGCCUCUACUGCAUCAUGCAUCUGAGAAGGGAAUCAUACACCAUCAUUUUCCUGUAAAUUUUGUAUUGAAGCCCUGGAGAUUGGGGACACGGUUCUACCUGAUUAUCAAAUUUGGAAUCUUCCAAUAUGUGAUUAUAAAGACCCUCACAGCUACCUUAUCUCUUCUUCUAGAACCUUUUGGUGUUUAUUGUGAUGGAGAAUUCAAUUUACGAUGUGGGUACCCUUACUUUGCCGCAGUUCUCAACUUUAGUCAAUAUUGGGCCCUGUACUGUCUAGUAGCAUGGUAUACAGCUACUAAGGACGAAUUGGCACCUAUAAAGCCUCUGGCUAAGUUUCUUUCUUUCAAAUCUAUUGUAUUCUUGACUUGGUGGCAAGGUGUGGUGAUUGCAAUAAUGUAUGCUUUGGGCCUUCUUAGAAGUCCUUUAGCCCAGAGCUUGGAGUUAAAAUCAAGCAUUCAAGAUUUCAUUAUUUGCAUAGAGAUGGGCAUUGCUUCAGUUGUUCACCUCUAUGUGUUCCCAGCCAAGCCCUAUGCACUCUUAACUAAUCAGUCACCUGGAAACAUUUCUGUACUUGGGGACUACGUAUCAUCUGACCCUGUGGACCCUUUUGAAAUUAAGGAAAGCAACCGGCCUACCAAAAUGAAGCUUCCUCAAUUCGAACCAGAUGAGAGAAGCGUGACAAACAUAAAAGAAAGUGUUCGGGACUUUGUUGUUGGCAGUGGAGAAUAUGUGAUCAAGGAUUUCAAGUUCACUGUUAACCAAGCAGUGCGGCCAGUGGAGAAGCGCUUUGAUAAAUUGAUGAAAAAGAAUGAUAAGCGUAAGAAAAGCCAGGAUGACAACUGGGUGAGUGCAGCAACACCAGAGAGACCUGUUCGUGGGAUUGAUGAUCCAUUGUUAAGCGGAAGCUCAAGUGACAGUGGUGUCACAAAGGGCAAGAAACAUCGCAGAAUUGUGAGCACAGCUGCUGCUGUGGACAGCUGGGGAGGUGGUGAUCAAGCUUCUGAUGGAUACGAGAUCAGGGGUCGCCGCUGGGCUGUAAAAAGCUAACGAUUCUACUUUGCGAGAUGGUAAAUUCAAACCAUAUGACGUGUUAAAAAAAGACUGGUAGGUUUUCAUUUGCUGGUAAACUCGAUGGCAACUGUUUCUGCGAUCCUGGCCAUUUUGGAGCCUUCGCAAGUUCAGACUGUCUUUGUAUAGGUACUUAGGUAGCUGAUAAUGAUAGAUGACCUCUGUGCAUAGAUUGUUCUUUUUUUCUUUUUUGUGGUCAGAGUCGUGCUGAUAUUUGGUAUUGCAAAAAUUUAGAAGUACAGUAGUUUUUUCAUUCUUUGGAAAUGCAAAUGCCUGUUCUUGCGUAAUUGUGUCCAUUUGGACAGAUUUGUAUAGUGUUGUUACACACAUGGAUUAUUGAUCUGAAUAACGAUACACUCAUACACUGCAUAA